AUGGAUUUGCGUUUUGUAUGUUUUGCUACAUCGGCUGUCCAUCUUGAAGCUGUCAGCGAUUACACCACGGAAGGUUUCAUAGCCACCGUUCGGCAAUUCACAUCUCGCCGAGGCAUCCCCCACACGUUGUAUUCAGAUUGUGCUACAACCUUUGCAGGAGCGAACAAAGAAUUAAGAAGGUUAUUUUCCAGAAGCCCCAAGGAAAAUCAUCAAAUUGCAACCAUACUCUCGCAAGACAGUACUCGAUGGGAAUUCAAUCCACCAGCUACACCUCACAUGGGAGGAAAAUGGGAAGCCGUAGUAAAGUUCACAAAGUUCCAUCUACGGCGAACAAUUGGGGACAAACUGCUCACGUUUGAAGAAAUGACGACAUUAUUGUACCAGAUUGAGGCUAUUCUAAAUUCAAGGCUAUUAGAGGCAUUAAGCGACGAUCCAGAUGAUUAUUCCGCAUUAACACCAAGACAUUUUCUGAUUGCUUGCCCCGAUGGUGAUUCAUUCAACAACGUCUCCAACAAUUCUGGACCCAAUGGUACAUACAAUAUCUUCAACGACAACAAUCAAAUUCCAAGUGGCACCACCCAAAAAAUAACAUAA